CGGGCGCCGCGUCAUCCGGGAGCGCCGCCGGGGCGGGAGCCGGGAAGCGCCGGGCGCGGGGAGGGCGGCCGGGCUGCCCGCGGGGCCGGCCUCGCCAUGGCCCGCCAGCUCAUCGGGCCCGCGCUGCCGCCCGGCUUCCCGCGCCGCGCCGAGGCCGAGCCGGGCGAGGACUUCAGCCAGGUUGCAGGACCAGCACUGCCUCCAGACUACAAAAGCAGCUGUAGCUCAGAAACUCCCGACAGUGAUGACGACUCAGAAUCUCUUCCUCUACCCAGAGACACAAACAGAGAUUCUGAAGAGGAGACAGAAGGAGAUCCAGCACCCAAAAAGCCAAAAAGAAUUCAUGAAGACGAUGAUGAUGAUGGCUUUUUUGGGCCAGCUCUUCCUCCUGGAUUUAAAAAACAGGAUGAUUCUCCUGAGAGGCCCAUUAUAGGUCCUGCGUUACCACCUGGCUUUAGGAAAGCUUCAGAGGACACCAGAAGUAGCAGAUGUUUCAUAGGACCAUCUGUUUCAUCAGAAUCCCGUCCCCAGCUGACAGAUAGUAGUGAGGACGAAGACAAUUUAAUAGGCCCAAUGCCUGCAAAAGGACCAGUGGAGUCUGAUGUGGCUAAAGAGUUUGAACGCCGAGCUCAGAGAAUGAAAGAAAAGCUUACUUCAGCAGACAGCGAUGAACCCAAACAAGUUACCAGGGAAUCGUGGAUGACAGAGCUUCCACCCGAGUUGAAAAACUUUGGAUUUGGCCCAAGAACAUUCAAGAGACGAGCUGAUGACAAAUCAGGUGAUAGAUCUAUUUGGACAGAUACUCCAGCUGACAGAGAGAGAAAAGCCAAGGAAAGAGAAGAGGCAAAAAAGUCAAGCAGUAAGGAUAAUGAAGAAAUGGUAUUAUCUGGGAGGGACAAGAGGCUUAUUGAGCAGGUGACUUCAUACAAUGAGUCAAAGAGGUCAGAGUCUCUCAUGGACAUGCACCAGAAAAAGCUGAAGAGCAAAGCAUCCGAAGAAAAGAGCAAACCUCAGGAAAGAAGGCCGUUUGACCGAGAGCAGGAUCUCAAAGUCAACCGCUUUGAUGAAGCACAAAAGAAAGCUCUUAUAAGAAAAUCCAGAGAUCUGAAUAGUAAAUUUGAGCACAGUAAAGGCAACAUGUUUUUAUAAGAUGAAAGCAUUAAGCUUUUUUGAAGUGAAGUCCAUAAAAAUUUGAAUACUUAAUUUUUGUAAGUAUUUUUCUGUAAAUAUUUGUAUGCAAAAUAAAUAUCCUGAUGUUUAACUAUUUUUCCUUGUCUGUAAAUACUCUCUUAGGGGGAGGAUCAUCUGUACUAAAACUAAACUAGUGAAGGAAAGUCCUGAUAUAAAAAAAUAUAUAAAUUUGCUACUUUAAAACUUUGAUGUGUGUAUUUUUUUGUUGUUCACAUAAAAGUAAUUAAUUAAAAUAGGUGGGUUUUUAAGGAGCUCUAGAUUUCAUCUUGCAAUGGAGUUGGCAGUUUUCCCUCUUCUCCUGCCAUGCUUAAGAUACUCUUUCUGAGCCUGACCUGAAGGCCAUGGAAAAAUCCCCAUUACAUUUGUGUGUAGAACAUUGCUUGACUGGAGUUCCUGCUGGGGAGUAUAAGCUCAAAUGGCAGCUUUUACAUUUGCCCAGUGCUUUUAUUUCUCUGGUUCCGUGUCUGUACAUAAAUACAGGUUUGUAUGUAUGCAGUACAGUUUCUGUUCUGUAGCAGGAAGAGCUACAGAACUACAGAGCUACAGAACAGGGGUAGCAGGAGUAGUAAAACCUCAAGGUUUUCAAAGUUAGUUGUAAAAUGGUAGUAUAUAAGAGAAAAUCUAAUUUGAGUUUCAAUUUGUAGGGAUUGUCAUCAGAAAUCCAUCUUUUUUUAAGCACAUACAAUGUGAAAAUCAAAAGAAGUCUUAUUUUGUCCAUUAAUUUGCAGACCAGAGCAGCUCUUCAGUAAGGAAGGAAAUAAAUCUGACAUUUAAAAAAGUCUACAUUCGUGUUGAGAGUUCUUUACCUCUUCUGAGGUAACAAAGCAGCAGAAGUGGUUGUUAAACCUUGCAGUGGGCUGCUCAAGGAGUCAGUGCAGUCAGCAUCCCUGAAGGUGUUCAAGAAACAGCUGGAUAUGGCACUUGAUGCUUUGGUCUACACCAUGGUAAUCAGUCAAAGGCUAGAGUCAAUGAUUUAGAAAUCUUUUCCAACCUAAAUGAUUCUGUGAUUCUGUGUUAAUUAUUUAAAAUUAGACCUGUGCUUUUGCCCUUUGCCUCAAAUGCUUACAAUCCUUCUUAAGCAGUUACUGAAAGUACUUAUAGAUGAAAACAAUUUUAUAUAUGAGAUGCUGGUAAUUUGUUUGGAGGUAUAAAUACUGUGGGGUUUGCCAUAAUUUGGAAAAAAUUCCUGUAAUUUGGAAAAAGGCUACCCUGAGAGAAGGUGUCUGGGUUACUUCAUGUUUAAUCAAGCAGUGACUUAACAAGUUCCAGAAACGAAUAUUUAAAAACUUGGUCUUACUUUAUUGCAUUUGUGUGUGAGCUGGGGACACAGGCUUCAUGUGCUGAGAAGUCUUGCAGUGUUUCUGAUGUUGCAAAUGACUGCUUACGUGGAAUGCAUUUAGAUACCGCUUUUUUUUCUAACAGACAAUUUAUUUUGCCAGCUGAAAACCCUCCUACCUUCUGGAGAAAGAGAGAUUGAUUUUGUAUUGUGUUUGCUUUUUAUCACUUCAGUUCCUGAGCCUUCUGUUUUGAGGUGAGAGGAAGGUUUAAAUAAGGGCUCUUUAUUUUUCUUCUCCUAAUACAGACUUCUCUUGCCUCAUGCUUUUUUAACUCAGCAAUCAAGGCCUCAUUAAGAUUCUACUUUCUGAGCAAAUGUAGAUUUCUUUAUUGGAAAAGCAGUAUUAGAAAUGUCUGGGACUUUUUUAGGCAGCUAAAGCGAUGACAGGGUGAGCAUGGUAUGACUAGUUAAAUCUUCACAGCUGAGAAAAAAUUACUUGAUGAGCACAUCGUGCAGUCCUUGCUCAUUCAAAGUCUGGAGCAAGGAUGAGGGCUGCUUGUAUAAAAAAUGUUGUUGUUGUUGUUCUGUGCUCUGUUUUGAUUUUUGUCCUUUGGCCCCUCCUCCAAACUGAGGACCAGUCAUCAGAUGUCACAGAUGGCCAGAUCCAGUUGGCUCCCUGCUGUUUGUCUCUGCCCUGCCUGGCCCCAUCGUGGUCUCCUGCCCUGCCCAAGGCCAUGCCUGAGAGGAAGCUCUGCAGCGUUGCUCGAGAGGAGAGCUCUCAUAACAGGAGUGCAGCAGCCCCUUUGCCAUUGUGCACUAUUAAUCUGUGAGACUCGUGGUUCUAAUUAAUGAAGCCUUGGUGCAAGCUGGGAACUUGGUUUUGACUCCUUUUUUCCCCGCAUUCUGCGGCAGCUUCUUAAAGACUUGAUGAUACCAGUGUUAUGAGCUUGAGGUGGGGGCAAGUGGAGUUGUUGAGAGUUCAAGUUAAGCUUUUCAUUACUUUGUGUAAAUUGCAUGAACCUUUGAACUGAAUUCAUACACAAACUCAUCUCUUACUCAUGCCAAGCCAUCCCCUCAAGUAGUCAUUAGAACAAGCAGUAACUCAGUAAAUUACAAGUUCUGUAAGGUUUCAUGGGAAAAGAUGAGACAUCUACAAUUUGGAAAAGUUGUAAAGCUUUUCUGCUGCAAUGUUAGGAGGUGUUUUUUUCAGAAUCUCAUUUGAAAAACCAGAAUCUAUUUCACAAAGAAUCUUCACCAUAAUUACUAUGCAGUGUUUCUGGUAACCAGCUCCCAACACAGAUUUAAUGUAUGCUGUUGCUAUUCUGCAGUGCCAGCCCAAGUCACACCAUACUGACUCCAGGCAUAUCAGGAAAUCCUGUUUUGUAGAAAGAAAAUGUCAGAGAGGUUUUCCUGAAUGUGAAAAGUCUACCAGCCUAGAUUUCAGUGUGCUUGCCUUUGAUUUGGGCUGCCAUAGGUGUUCUCUAUUUAUACUGAUGUUGAACAUUCCUGCUCAAGAGUGAGGUCUCCUCUUCUGAAACGUUAAAUAGGUGUGUAAUUCAUAGUAUAGUCAGCAAAAAGAAGGCAUUUGUGGUAGGCGUAUAAUAAAUUGGGUGCUUAAAAGGAGUUUUAAGGAACAUUAUAUGUUAAC